GAAAGGACGAGUGCCUCUUCUUCUUCUCCUUCACUCCUCCUGUUCAUCGUCCUCUUGAGGCAUCGCUCGCUUCUCUCACCGUUUUCCUAAGUGGGAUCAUUUGAGCGGCAGAGAGGCAACAGGCGACUGAAAUGGCUGAAUGGGAUCUGCUUGGCCGCCUGCUGGACAAAGUACAGAGCCACUCCACGGUGAUUGGGAAGGUCUGGCUCACCAUGCUCUUUGUUUUCCGCAUCCUGGUCCUGCGCACCGGCGCUGAGGAGGUGUGGGGCGACGAGCAGUCCGACUUUGUGUGCAACACCGAUCAGCCCGGCUGUGAGAACGUCUGCUACGACCGAGCCUUCCCCAUCUCGCAUGUUCGCUUCUGGGCUCUUCAGAUUAUUGCUGUGGCGACUCCGAAGCUGCUCUACCUCGGUCAUGUCCUUCAUGUGCUCCACAUUGAGAAGAAGGUGAAAGAGAGGAUGAAGAAGCAGGCAGAGUUGGACAACCAAGUCAGUCUGUUCCUCAGUAAGUCCUACAAAGUUCCCAAGUACACAAAGAGCACUGGCAAGAUCAGCAUCCGCGGCCGCCUCCUUCGCAGCUAUGUCCUCCAUCUUGUGGCCAAGAUAAUCCUGGAGAUUCUGUUUAUCGUGGGUCAGUUCUAUCUUUACGGUUUCACCCUCGAGGCGCGCUACAUCUGCGCCACUGACCCCUGCCCCCACAAGGUGGACUGCUUCCUCUCCAGGCCUACGGAGAAAUCGGUCAUCAUCUGGUUCAUGUUGGUGACGACGGUGGUCUCCCUCGUCCUCUGCCUGGUGGAGCUGCUCUACCUGUGCGUGAAAGCUGUGAAGGAGUGCAUGGCGAGGAGGCAGGACUACACCGUGACCCCGGUGACGCCUCCACUCUCGGGGAGGAAAACGUUUAAAAGCCAGGACGAGGCCAUCCAGAAUUGUGUCAACCUGGAGCUGGAGCUGCAGGGACAAAUGGUGGGCGUGAACGGGGUCAAAGGAGGGGGGAGCAAGGUUGUGAAGACCGUACCAUCUGAGAAUGAUAUGGGGGAGGUCCACAUCUGAAGCAUGGAGGGGGUGGUGGGUUGCCGUAUCUGUGUGUUGGGCUGUAGAGAGGUCAGGGGGCGUAUGUGUGUGCGCAGUAAAUAAAGGUUGAGGGGAAGUUGCCAGCUUCUGUAAACAGAUCUCAGUCACAUGCAGAAUGUUGUUGAAAAUAACUUCAAGAGACUUUUGUGACAGAAUACAAAAGCACAAAGAGCAUCAUUUUAAAAUUCUGCAGAUCAGAUGUUUGAUUUUUGAGACAAUGUGAUGUCUUAUUUUUUAUUCAAUAAACAUGUCAUAUUCACA